GGCUGAUGAGAGGAGGAGGAGCUACACUGAAACGUUACAUAAUGGCGUCUAUGAUCUGUUAUCUAAACGUUAGCCUACAUUUUGUAGGAGUUGAGUAAGCUGUCUUUCUUUCCAUUGUUGUUGUUGCUUUUAAUAGUUUUCAUUGUGUUGGAUGUGUCAUUGAAGGCGGGACACCUCGCUGGGAAGCAAUACAGAUGGAUGACUGGAGACGCUCAUUGUGUCCGUGCCCCUCAGGGACUUUCGCGUCGGGUCAUUUCUCCUUCAUGUUAAUCCUGAUGAUGGUGAUCCUGACUCCGAGCAAACAUCCGGACGCUUACCUCGUGACUGGAGGAAACGUGACUGCGGUACAAGGAGAGACUGUAAUCUUACCCUGCAAACUCAGCGACACCAAUGAAGCCCUCACCCAGAUCUCAUGGCAGAGGAGAACCAGAGGAAAACCUCAGAAUGACAAUUUCUUUACAAUCCUGUCCAAUGGCGGACCACAUUUCGUCAAUGGACACGAUGAUCGAUUUACAUUUAUUGGAAACUUGGAUGAGAAGAAUGGAUCCCUCAAGUUAGCAUCUGUCAAAUUAUGGGAUGAAGGUCUUUACUCCUGCAUCUUCACUUUGUUCCCCACCGGAAAUUACAGGACGGAGAUACCUCUAAACUUGCUUGUGCCUCCGGUCAUACAGGUGGAGGAUAAACUUCCUGUUCUGGGUGAUGAAGAAGUUCUCCUCGCUACCUGCACGGCUGAUGGUUCCAGGCCUCCUGCAAAGGUGACGUGGCUCAAAAAUACUCUGGAAGGAAAGGUGAGGGAAACAACCAGGUCCAUUCAACAUGACAACGGUACGACUACCACAAUCAGCUCGCUGUUGGGAGUUCCUACCAGAGAAAUCAACCAACAUUCGGUCCAGUGUGUCGUCACUAGUCCAGCCCUGCCGGAGGAGGAAAAGAAAACGUUCAUCGUGCAGGUCUACUUUUCACCUACAGAAGUGAACAUUAUUGUGGGAUCCGAAGACUCCUUUCAGUGUUUGACCGAAGCCAACCCAACUGCAGAAAUUACCUGGACAAGAUCUGGCCAGUCAUUGCCUCAGUCACAAGUCCGCGUAGACGGUUCAACGCUACAGCUUUUGAGCAAGAGCUCUGCCUUGAAUGGCCUCUACAAGUGUGAAGCAACUAAUCGAUAUGGAACACGCCAUGGUUACAUCUAUGUGCAUCUGAUUUCAGGGAACUGCACGGCUUGUUGGACCCUAUUUGGUCUUUUGCUUUCCCUGAAUGUCAUUGGUGCCACAGUGUGGUACCUUAUUAAAAACAGGACAAACGAGGGCACACGUGAGGGGAGGCAGAAGGUCCGAACAACUUCCAAUGAGUCUGAAAUGGCAGUUGCGGAACAACCGACAUAGAGAUUUAUUUGCCAUCCGUGGAAGAAACGGCAUCCUCAACAGUUGGACUGCAGGCGGUUUACAGGCUCCACAGCUGACAUGGUUCAUUCCUGCAUCUGCUGGUUAGUGAACAAGUGCAACAGUCCAGGUGGUGUGUAUCAACUCAUAUCCCUGGCUCUAUGCUGCUUGUUAGGUUACAUUUUCAUUUCGGAGUGUCUGUCCUGCUAUGGUCAUGUUGCAUUAAGAUCUACUUUAUCUACUGAUGAUGUCUUAAAAACGACUAGCGUUGUGUUUGGCGACUCUCUUCUGUCACUCUGCGAAUUUACAUAUAAAUAAACGGACACAUUUUAUGAUGUAGGCCGAAAAUGAGCUUCCCCUCCUUAUAAGACCGGCGCCGCCACUGGAUAAGACAUGUUUGUGCCUUAUUAAAGAGCAAUAAAAAUACAAAAAAGCUUUUUUAGCGAAUAUUAUCUGUUAGAGCUAAACCCGUUUAGUGCAUUGAAGUGCCGGAUGAUAAACCCAAUUCUAAGUGACCAGUUUUAAAAAAUGCAAAAAUAUAUAAAUAAAUAAAAUAAAGGAAUUUCAAAUUACUUUAAAAAAUGCACUCAAGGCAAAACAGGGCUUGAAAAUAAAUAAAGUUUAUUUGCCUUUAAAUUGGUGCACCUUAACUUUCAGAACCACAGGUUUCAACCUAACUACUGUUAGCCUUUACUGUUAUGUUCUUCUUGAAAUGAUGCUAAAGAAAGUUCUGGUAGAUUGAUCUCCUGAAUGAGGUUGGUUUUAAAGGAAUGUUUUAAAGGAAGUGUCUUAGUAAGGUGUUGGGCCACCACGUGCAACCAGAACGCUAUCUUUCUAAAAAGAUAUUCCCUUAUCUUACACUUACACUUGGAGUGGUGUGACGAUACUGAUAAGCAUGUAUCACUUUGAAAAUAUUUUUCCUACCAUCUGCACAGUGUUAAAUGCUGCUUCUCCAGGCCAGACUUGUCUGACAGUUGGCAUACACAUGUUUCCCGUAGCCUGGGGAGUGUCUGGAAAGGAUGCACAUUUGUCUGUGUUAUAUUUAAAUAACCAAACAUGUAUGGGAGAAAAAUGCUAUCACUGUUGAUUACUACAACAGAACAUAUUUCUUUACCAGGUCCAUGGCUAAUUUUAUUUAUACCAACACUCAAACAUCUUUAUUUAUCUAUUCAAGUCAAUUUAAUUGUGCUCUAUGUUCUCAAGGUACGAUCACACUGAAGGUUGAAGAUACAGUCAGUGUUAUGAGUUUCUCAACUACUGAAACUAAAGCUAACUAACAUCCUGUUUUCUUUGCUGUGGCUAACUUUCUUUUUCAAAAAGGCCAAAAAAAAGUGUCUUGAAAUGUCUUCUACAUUUGCAAACAGUAUGUGCUUUAUCUUUAUCUCUCUGCUCACACCCGUUUGUUAGUUAAAAAAUGCUGAUAAAACUGUUUGUUAAGCAGAUUUUUUUUUUCCAUAAGUGUCUCACCAGCUGUAUUUUGAGCUCCUUAGUUAUUAGUUUACACACUGAAAUAACUGAACUCAGACUGAAGUCAGCAAGAAUGCCAUGUUCAAGUUCAAUGAAGGUCAAAAUGAAGAUCUGUGUUACAAUCUGCCUUAUUGCUGUUAUUACAACUUUUCUGAUCAGCAUGCUAACAUGCUCACACACCUCAGUCAUGCCGCCGCCAGUAGUAGACUGGUCCUUUUCCUGGUAAUCCUUAAAUCGGUACUAUUCAUUAGUAAAUGCCAGAUUUACCCUCUCUUGCUCCCACUGAACCAUUUCCCCCACUUCCCUUCUCCCUGUUCUGUGCACAGGGCACAAAUGCUCCACUGUUACUGAUUAAUUGGAAUACUGUUGCGUUCCUCGGUCUGAGGCACUUUGUUAAUUUCCCGUUUUUAGAGCAAGUUUUUUGUAGGAAUACUAAACGGACAGCUAGCAGACCAUGAGGAGAUAUUCACUGAAUUUGACAAAAAGUGAAUUGGAUUAGAAUCACUAACAAACUAACUACCCUCUCUUGGAGUUCACAUUAGACUCCUUUUAGUCCCAUAAAACUAAAGCGGCAACAUAAGUUUUUCCCAAAAUUCCCCAGUAAAACAGGAGUAAAAGUAAAAGUGGAGUCAGAAAAAAGGGAGUCUAACUCUAAUCUGCUCAUCCCUGCUUGAGGUUACAUUAGCCACUAGCAUCAUAACACACCAAACAUUCUGACUGAACUGUUGCAUUGUGGGUAAUGUAGGUUUACAUAUUUUUUGUGGUUUUUUAUAUUUAAUUUAAUGUGUUGUGUGUUCAAGCUGUGUAUUUUGAAAUGAUGCAGAAAAUGUUCCUAGUGUGCCUUUUCAUUUUAAAAACAUCCAUUGAUUGUUUUUAAAUGAUUUCUUCUGUUAAUUGAAGUGCUGAACUUAUUUGCUUUUCCCUUGAACUGUAUUCCAAUUAAAGAAAGUUAAACAUUACAAAUA